GGUAUCGAAUACCCAAUGGCUCAUGAUUGGCAGCUAGUACAACGAAUCAAAUGGCUAACAUGGGCACGAUAAUAAACGUCGAUGUAGGGGCGGGGUUUAGCAACAUCUGUUAUGGAAGAUGUCAUUCGUGAGAGGAGCAAUGAUAUCUGCGUCGAAGUCAAGAUUAUUGACCCUCGCUAGGGCAUCCACUUUCCCAAACAUCCUCAACGUGACUGAGCAAUUACACCGUCUUCCUCACAACUCCCAGUCGCUUUAUGUAGCCGGGCUUCGGUGCUACAGCAGCGCUUCCAUCCAGGAGAAGCCAGGGGUGUCAGGUUCAUCUGAAGAUAAAGUACACCUCACUGAGUCAUGCGUGAAGAGACUAGGGGAGAUCAUGGAAAAGGGCGAGUACCUGAGAAUACAUGUGGAGGGAGGAGGCUGCUCCGGGUUUCAGUACAAGUUUUCGGUUGACAGAAAGAAGAACGAGGACGACAGAGUGUUUGAGAAAGGAGGAGUUGGCGUUAUUGUGGACCAGGAGAGCCUGGAAUUUGUGAAAGGAUCCACGGUGGACUUCAGUCAGGAGCUUAUUCGCUCCACCUUCCAAGUGCUCAAGAACCCACAAGCUGAUCACGGCUGCUCCUGUGGCAGUUCCUUUUCUGUUAAACUAUGAUCCGGCGUAACUCAUUCCCCGACACCUGCAGCAGUAAUAUGCAGCACUCUGAUUUCACAGUUUAUUGGGUGCACAUGUGCAAAACGAUAAAAUAUGAAGAGCUAUUUCUCAUUUGAGUGCAUAAGAUAACUAAUACACAUAUAUAUGAAAGAACUGUACCUAAUAAACUGAGAAGUCAGAUCAUUUUAUCACAUAGGACCCGCUCAUAAUUCUUUUCACUUUUAACAGCUAGACACGAAAACUAGUAGAUUAAAAUUUGCUGUCUUUUUUGCUGUGAAAAUGACUUGAACUGAAUGAACAACAGAUAUAAACAGUAUUCUAUUUCAAAUUGUGUACAAGAUAGGAGAUGAUGAUGCUCAUUGACAGUCAGUAUUUCGCAGUACUUUAAAAAAGGUUGACAUGAAGUAUGUGAGUAUUCAGUUCUUGUAAAAUAUGUAAAUAGGCGAUAAAUAUAUAUAUAUAAAGUUCUAAAGUAUA